CGCAGUAACUGUUAGGUGCGUUGCGCAAACUGACCAGACUAUGUUCCGUUGGUUAGUCCCUUUUCGACGCAAUUCACGAGGUUCUUUAAAAGAAUUAUACUCACUACAAAAGAUAAAAAAAUAUCCCAUAUUUCUUGGCUUGUCCUCUGGAAUUUUAUAUCAUGGUUAUAUGUCACAAAAUAAUCAUACUGUUCCAACUUUAUUUGAAAAUAAAAACAAACAAAAAGAAAUUAAUCACCCAAUAUUUGAAGAUUUAGUCCUUUUAUUUAGUGGUCAUGAUGAUCAAUCAGUCAAAAAAUUACCUAACGAAGCUAAAAUGGACCGUUUAUUAAAAAUUAAUCAAGAUAUUGAAGAUGAGUUACCACUUUUCUUUGAAAAGACAUUCUUCAGUGAAGUGCCAGGCAAUCUGCUAGAUUCUGAUACUGUUGUUUACUAUGAAAGAAAAAAUGGUUCCAUCUGCAGAUUGAGAGGGGAAUCAUGGAUUCGUGCUCUAGUAGUGGCUAGUCGGGCUUAUUUUUCUAUGCGUUCUUAUCGUCGUCGACUAGAACUGACCAGUAUUUUAUCUGAUACAGAAAAAUGGGAAGUUGAAGUUUGUUUUCGAAUCGUUCUGUUACCUGCGCCGUUCAAAGAAGAAUCUCAUUUACCUUCAGAUAAAUUAUCAGAAAGAUUGGAACAACGAGCUCAGUGGCGUGAUUUUCGUGCUACUUUCUAUUUAUCUGAUUCCGGUAAAAUUAAUACCAUAAAACUCACUCAGAUGCUACCGCCGUUCAAGGAUUCAACUACGUCAUAUCCUUUAAAUCGGCUGAUAACUUGGAAAACUCUUGGUCCCAGUCUACCUGGUCGUCGUCGUUUACCCACUCCCACUCCAUAUGUUUUUAGAGAAUUAUCAUUACGGUGCAACACUGACAUCAGUAAUAAUAAUAAUCACAAUGGCGGUGUUAUAUUUGAAACACUGGAUAAUAUUAAAAACUGCCCCCGUAUAGUUGACAGCAUUGUCAAACCAUUUGACGUAAUCAUUACUACCCUUCCCGAUGAUAAAGCUCAUUCUAGUCUUAUGAAAAAAGAGCAAAAUUCUUUCGUCUGUUUUGCGAACAACCGUCGGAUGACAUGUAACUAUAAUCCAAAGUAUAUACCACCUGUUCACAUUCCUUAUGAACCACAUUCAUUAAACUCUAUUUUACUAGAAUUUUAUAUGAAGCAUUUGCCGUCAAUUCGGAAUCAAGGUCAGACUACAACAAACAAACAACGAAGUUCCAGAAAUUAUUCCACAUCUUAUGUUUCAAUCAUAUGUCCAAUUUUUUCUUCAUCGAACAAUUCUACUAAAUCAGUUUACAUUGCUACCGUAGAACAUUUCAACUUAUCUAAUUAUUUUGCUUCGUUCCCCCCAUCUAGUGAUAUAUCUCCCAUAUUUUAUUUUUGUAAAUCUUAUUCUUAAAUUUUGUUACUAAUUCAAUUUUGUAUAGUAUACAUGUUAGAAAAAGUAAAUAAUGCCUCAAAAUAUAUGUAAACACUACAAGUGCAUAAAGAUGUGCACAUAUAUGAUAAUUGAUAUUUCAAAAGUAGUCGAUUAGUGAUGUACAUUUUCUGAACAAUAUGUUUUCCUAUAUACUGACAUUCUUUGUUUCAAGAAACAGAUAUUUAGAGUACUUUUCUAUAGAAAUACACCUGUGGUUUUGACUGAAGUUUAUGAGCAUAUAUUUAAUAUUUAUUGCUUUGAUAAUUUUUAUCAAGAUCGAGUGAAUCUACUCAAUGGGGGUUCAUGCUUCAAUACAUUUUAUCGGUUACGCGUUGCAUUUGGAACAUUAUGUAGGUUCAAGACUGUUAAAUGUGUCCGUUCUUAGGAUUAAAACAAUAUUCAGUAAAAUUUAAAUUAACCUUUUUUCAAAUGGCCACAUUAUUCAUUAAAUCCAUAGAUUUUUCAACUAAUAUCUUUUGACAUAACACUCAUGAUACAUCUG